AUGGGAACCUCCACGGUCAUCCUUGCAGUCAUCCUUGAAAUGUGUCUUUUAUGGGGUCAAGUUCUACCUGCAGGAGCCAUGGUAAAAACCACCUCAUCUUCUGAUAGCUUCUACGAUGCUCACUCUCCCCCAAGGCUAGGCGGGGGAGCCAAAGUGAUUAAUCAUGGCGAUUUGGCCCUGAGGCUGGUGAAUGGAGGUGAUCGGUGUCGGGGCCGGGUGGAAGUCCUGUACCAGGGCUCCUGGGGCACAGUAUGUGAUGACUUCUGGGACAUCAACGAUGCCAACGUGGUCUGCAGACAGCUGGGCUGUGGCUGGGCCAUGUUGGCCCCAGGAAGUGCCCGAUUUGGCCAGGGCUCAGGACAGAUUGUCCUGGAUGACAUGCGUUGUUCAGGACAUGAGUCUUACCUGUGGAGCUGCCCCCACAGUGGCUGGCUCUCCCAUAACUGUGGCCAUGGGGAAGAUGCUGGUGUCAUCUGCUCAGGUUUGCCGCUGAGGCUGGUGAAUGGAGGUGAUCGGUGUCAGGGCCGGGUGGAGGUCCUGUACCAAGGCUACUGGGGCACCGUGUGCGAUGACAGCUGGGACGCCCAGGAUGCAGAUGUCGUCUGUCGGCAGCUUGGCUGUGGCCACUCCGUGUCAGCCCUGGGUGGGGCUCACUUUGGUCAGGGCUCAGGAAACAUUCUCUUGGGUUCCGUGGACUGCUCAGGAUGGGAGCCCUACCUGUCAAGCUGUCCUCACAGUGGAUGGUACAACCAUGAAUGUGGCCAUAGGGAAGAUGCUGGCGUCGUGUGCUCAGGUAGUGUGGAUAUCACCUCCCAGUCUGCUUUGUUUUCCACAGAGGCAUUCCUGGUGACAACUUCAGCAGAAGGGUCUGAUUCUGGCUUGGCUGUGAGGCUGGUGAAUGGAGGCGACCGGUGUCAGGGCCGGGUGGAGGUCCUUUAUCGAGGUUCCUGGGGCACUGUGUGUGAUGACAGCUGGGACACCAAUGACGCCAGUGUGGUCUGCAGACAGCUGGGCUGUGGCUGGGCCACGUCAGCCCCAGGAAAUGCCCGGUUUGGUCAGGGCCCAGGGCCGAUUGUCCUAGAUGACCUGCACUGCUCAGGGCACGAGUCCUACCUGUGGAGCUGUCCCCACAACGGCUGGCUCUCCCAUAACUGUGGCCAUAGUGAGGAUGCUGGUGUCAUCUGCUCAGGUAGUGUUGCCAUGAUCUUUCUGAGGAUUGAGGUUGAUACCCUCAAACCUUCUGCUGAAGGCAAUGUCAACACAGGGCAACACCUCCAUCCCUCACUCUUUGAAAUGCCCUCAGAUUCUACAGGCCAUGGCUACUAUGUGCAGAAGAGGAAGAGGCUGUGCUUGGGGGAAGAGAGGGGAUCUGAUUCUGCAUUGGCCCUGAGGCUGGUGAAUGGAGGUGACCGGUGUCAGGGCCGGGUGGAGGUCCUGUACCAAGGCUCCUGGGGCACCGUGUGUGAUGACAGCUGGGACACCAAUGAUGCCAACGUGGUCUGCAGGCAGCUGGGCUGUGGCUGGGCCAUGUCAGCCCCAGGAAAUGCCCAGUUUGGCCAGGGCUCAGGACCAAUUGUCCUGGACGACCUGCACUGCUCAGGGCAUGAGUCCUAUCUGUGGAGCUGUCCCCACAACGGCUGGUUCUCCCAUAACUGUGGCCAUAGUAAGGAUGCUGGUGUCAGCUGCUCAGGUAGGCCUUCAAGCCUUGGGCCUUCCUUUCUUGGAUGGGAAACAUGGCCCAUCAAAACCUCAACAGUACCAACAACAGGAACUGAUUCUGGAUUGGCCCUGAGGCUGGCGAAUGGAGGCGAUCGGUGUCAGGGCCGAGUGGAAGUCUUGUACCGAGGCUCCUGGGGCACCGUGUGUGACGACAACUGGGACACCAACGAUGCGAACGUGGUCUGCAGACAGCUGGGCUGUGGCUGGGCCACGUCGGCCCCAGGAAAUGCCCGGUUCGGCCAGGGCUCGGGACCGAUUGUCUUGGAUGACGUGCGCUGCUCGGGGCAUGAGUCCUACCUGUGGAGCUGUCCCCACAAUGGCUGGCUCUCCCAUAACUGCGGCCACAGUGAGGAUGCUGGUGUCACCUGCUCAGGUGGGUUUCCAAGACCUUGGGCCUCCUUCGCUUGGGUAGAGGUUCUGGUGUCCUCCUUAGGAACUGAUUCUGGAUUGGCCCUGAGGCUGGCGAAUGGAGGCGAUCGGUGUCAGGGCCGAGUGGAAGUCUUGUACCGAGGCUCCUGGGGCACCGUGUGUGACGACAGCUGGGACACCAACGAUGCGAACGUGGUCUGCAGACAGCUGGGCUGUGGCUGGGCCACGUCGGCCCCGGGAAAUGCCCGGUUCGGCCAGGGCUCGGGACCGAUUGUCUUGGAUGACGUGCGCUGCUCGGGGCAUGAGUCCUACCUGUGGAGCUGUCCCCACAAUGGCUGGCUCUCCCAUAACUGCGGCCACAGUGAGGAUGCUGGUGUCAUCUGCUCAGGUCUCCCCAAGCUCCUGAACAUGAAGAGGACAGAGCUUUCCAUCUGUAGCUAUGCAGCUUCAUCUUGCGUGUGCCCAGGGGUUCUGGUGUCCUCCUUAGGAACUGAUUCUGGAUUGGCCCUGAGGCUGGCGAAUGGAGGCGAUCGGUGUCAGGGCCGAGUGGAAGUCUUGUACCGAGGCUCCUGGGGCACCGUGUGUGACGACAGCUGGGACACCAACGAUGCGAACGUGGUCUGCAGACAGCUGGGCUGUGGCUGGGCCACGUCGGCCCCGAGAAAUGCCCGGUUCGGCCAGGGCUCGGGACCGAUUGUCUUGGAUGACGUGCGCUGCUCGGGGCAUGAGUCCUACCUGUGGAGCUGUCCCCACAAUGGCUGGCUCUCCCAUAACUGCGGCCACAGUGAGGAUGCUGGUGUCAUCUGCUCAGCGGUCCGACCCCAGUCCACGCCCAGGCCAGACCCAGAAACCUGGAGUGAAUUCUCAUAUCUCCUUCUAGGAUCUGACUCCGAAUUGGCCCUGAGGCUGGUGAAUGGAGGGGACCGGUGUCAGGGCCGAGUGGAGGUCCGGUACCGAGGCUCCUGGGGUACCGUGUGUGACGACAACUGGGACACCAAUGACGCCAAUGUGGUCUGCAGGCAGCUGGGCUGUGGCUGGGCUACGUUGGCUCCAGGAAAUGCCCGGUUUGGUCAGGGAUCAGGACCAAUUGUCCUGGACGACGUGCGCUGCUCAGGGCGUGAGUCCUACCUGUGGAGCUGUCCCCACAAUGGCUGGCUCUCCCAUAACUGUGGCCACAAUGAGGAUGCUGGUGUCAUCUGCUCAGCUGCCCAAACAAAUUCUACUACUCCUGACUGGUGGCACCCCAUAACUACAACCACUGAAGGACCCUCUUCACAUUGUGGUGGCUUCUUAUUUAAUGCCAGUGGGACAUUCUCCAGCCCAUUCUACCCUGGAUACUACCCCAACAAUGCUAAAUGUGUCUGGGAAAUAGAAGUGCAUUCUGGUUAUCGCAUAAAUCUGGGCUUCAGUGAUUUGCAGUUGGAACUGCAUAGUAACUGCCAUUAUGAUUACAUUGAAAUAUUUGAUGGAUCAUUGAACAGCAGUAAUCUGCUGGGGAAAAUAUGUAAUGCCACCAGGCAAAUAUUUACAUCUUCUUACAAUCGAAUGACCAUUCGAUUUCGAAGUGACAUCAGUUUCCAGAACACCGGCUUUUUGGCUUGGUAUAACUCCUUUCCAAGAGAUGCCAUCAUGAGCUUGAUCAACUUAAAUUCGUCCUAUGGUUUAUGUGCUGGGCGUGUGGAAAUUUACCACAAUGGCAGGUGGGGGUCAGUUUGUGAUGACUUCUGGACCAUUCAGGAUGCUGAGGUGGUCUGCAGACAGAUGGGAUGUGGAUACGCAGUCUCCGCCCUCGGAAAUGCCUACUUUGGUUCCGGCAAUGACUCUAUCACCCUGAGCAACGUGGAGUGCUCAGGGACAGAAUCCACUCUCUGGCAGUGCCAGAACCAAGGCUGGUUCUCCCAUAACUGUGGUCACCACCAAGAUGUUGGUGUCAUCUGCUCAGGAAACCAGCCUCCGACACAUGCUCCUGUUCACAACUUCACCCUCCCAAACACAAAUUAUUCCUGUGGAGGCUUCCUGUCCCGACCAUCAGGGCGUUUUUCCAGCCCAUUCUAUCCUGGGAACUAUCCGAACAAUGCCAACUGUGUGUGGGACAUUGAAGUUCAAAACAACUACCGUGUGACUGUGGUCUUCAGAGAUGUCCAGCUUGAAGGUGGCUGCAACUAUGAUUACAUUGAAGUUUUUGACGGCCCCUACCACAGUUCCCCUCUCAUUGCUCGCGUUUGUGAUGGAGCCAGAGGCGCCUUCAUUUCAUCAUCAAACUUCAUGUCGGUUCGCUUCAUCAGUGAUGGCAGCAUCACAAAGAAAGGGUUCCAGGCUGAGUACUAUUCCAGCCCUUCCAAUGACAGCACCAACCUGCUUUGUCUGCCGAAUCACAUGCAAGCCAGUGUUAGCAGGCGCUACCUCCAAUCCCAGGGCUAUUCUGCCAGGGACCUUGUCAUUUCUGGUUGGAAUGGGAACUACCGGUGUCAACCCCAAAUCACACCGAGUCAGGUGAUAUUCAAGAUUCCCUAUUCAGGCUGCGGCACCAUCAAGCAGAUAGACAAUGACACCAUCAACUAUUCCAACUUCCUCAAAGCAUCCUUCUCACAUGGCAUCAUCAAAAGGAAGAAGGACCUCCAUAUACACGUCAGUUGCAAGAUGCUCCAGGACACCUGGGUCAACACCAUGUACAUUGCUAAUGACACCAUCGAGGUUGAUGAAGUCCAGUAUGGCCAUUUUGAUGUGAACAUUUCCUUUUAUACAUCAUCUUCAUUUCUGUAUCCUGUGACCAACAGCCCAUACUAUGUGGACCUCAACCAGAACUUGUACCUUCAGGCUGAAGUCAUCCAUUCUGAUGCCUCGCUGGCCUUGUUUGUGGACACCUGUGUGGCAUCACCAUACUCCAAUGACUUCACAUCUUUGACUUAUGAUCUAAUCCGGAGCGGGUGCGUGAGGGAUGACACCUACCAAACCUACUUCCAGCCAUCUCCUCACAUUGCCCGCUUCAAGUUCAAUUCCUUCCACUUCUUGAACCGCUUCCCCUCUGUGUACCUGCAAUGCAAAAUGGUGGUGUGCCGGGCGUACGAUUACUCUUCCUGGUGCUACAGAGGUUGCGUGGUGAGAUCCAAGAGGGAUGUAGGCUCCUACCAGGAAAAGGUGGACGUCGUCCUGGGGCCCAUUCGGCUGCAGACCCCCCAUGCCAAGAAGAGGAGCCUCCAUCUGUCAGUGGCUAACAUAGAGCCGGUCAGCUCCCAGGGUAGCUAUCACAGGGCUGCCAUCUCUGCUGGGGUCUUCCUGGCUGGGGUAGUCUUCACGCUGGGGAAGAGGACAUGCAGCACCAGUGGCCAGCCUCUGAGCUCCAAGGUGUGA